AUGCGCCGCCAUGGAAGAUCCAGCGGGGGCCCGACGAAGGCCGUCUCGCCUUUGUCCGACACGGUCUCGCUCAUCCAUUCCUUCGACUCUGUCCUCAACCCGAAUCGGCCCGCCCGACCUUCUCCUUUAGCCUCAUCUCAUAUCAAAGCUCUUCCGCUCGAGCUAGUCGAUCGCUUGCGAUCCUUUCCUCUAUUUCAAGCGACGCCCGAAUCUUUUCUGAUCGAGGUCGGUCAACACCUGCGGCCGCAGCUUCAUGCGCCCAAUGAUUACAUCUUAACGGAAGGUGAUGAUGCACGGGCGAUAUAUUGGUUGGUGCGAGGCGCAGUGUCGGUCACCUCGCGCGAUGGCGAAAGUAUCUAUGCUGAGCUUAAACCGGGGGCAUUCUUCGGAGAAAUCGGCGUUCUGAUGGACCGGCCGCGCACUGCUACGAUCAUUGCUCGCACCAGAUGUAUGCUAGUGGUUCUGACGAAAGAAGACUUUCGGAAUAUCCUGCCAAGGUUUCCGGACGUGGAGCGGGCGAUCCGGGAAGAGGCCCAAGAGCGCCUGACAAUCUUGGAGAAGAAGAAGCAGGAAACCUCUGCUCCGGCGCUGGAUAAACCGAGUGCUAGCCCCGUGCGAAGGGGCUCCAAACGCUUGCGAGAAAGCAACUCGAGAGAUCUGACGACCGCUGAAGAAGAUGUCAAUAGCAGCUUCAUUCACAAAAAACGCAAGUCACCGAGUCCCGGACGCUGGGACCCCUCAAGCGCACUUGCAAACGGCUUGGUGAAUGUUCGUCUCUUGCUGAAGGAGCUCCCCCUGUUCAAAGAGUUGCCGGCCGAUAUUCUACACUUCUUGGGUCUCAACGCACAGCCGAGCUCUUAUGCUCCCUUCACCGACAUCAUCAAGCAGGACUCCCAAGGUCGUGAGCUUUUCUUCAUUGUGCGCGGCGAAGUUGAAGUUGUCACGGAACGGCGCGGGCAGUCCAUGAGCAACGGCCGUCAUGAAGUCGAAAUCAAAGCUCGCUUGAGGCAAGGCCAAUAUUUUGGCGAAGUGGUCAGUUUGUCACUUGCACCGCGAAGGACAGCCACCGUACGGUCCGUGACCUCGGUGGAAUGUUUGAUGAUCAGUGGGGAUGUGCUCGAAAAGUUUUGGGAUAUGUGCCCUCACGAAGUGCGUGAGCAGGUGGAGCGCACCGCCCAAGAGAGACUAAGUGCUGCUGCGGACGGUGAUGUUAUCAUGACGGACGCAUCUGAGGAGCAAUCUCCCAUGGGCGAGCUGCCUGUCAACGAGAGAGUCAGGGUCACAGCCACCCGGCGACGUUCGAUGCCGUUAUUGACACUUACAGAGACGGAGCUUGACGGCCCUCAUCAAUCUUCAUCAAGUGAGGACCAAGAGCAAGCGGUUUUGAGACCAUCAGAUCCUGAUCCAUACCUAAGCCUCGGAUUAGACAAGGUCCGUCUUCGAAGUCGACGAGGCUCGUUAGCACCCUUGACUCCGGAGGAAAUCUCAGGCGAUGAAAAGCCAGUACAACCGAAUGCAUCACACGCUGCCGGUUCGUCGUCAGAUCUUGCUCUCCCCGCCGCCCACAGUCUAUCGAAACCUCAGCAUAAGCCCCAUCGAGUCGAUGAUGCCGCCCAUGGUGUCUUCCCAGACAGCAUUUUACUAAGGAUCUUUGAAUACAUGGAGCUACAUGAGCUAAUUGGGCUUCGUGGCGUGUCCUCACAUUGGUCUGAUAUUCUGAACACGUCAGAUAAAAUCGUUCAGGAUCUGGAUUUGAGUAUCUACAACCGCUGUAUUACCGACGAUGUGCUUGUGAAGGUCAUCUGUCCUUUCGUUGGGAGUCGACCGCGCUCGGUCAACAUCAACAACUGCUUCCACAUUACCGAUGAAGGCUUCAAUGCUUUGGUCAAAACGUGUGCGCCUAAUUCGGUAGUAUGGAGGAUGAAAAGUGUGUGGGACGUCACGGCCUCUGCCAUACUCGAGAUGUCUAGCAAAGCCGUUGAUUUGGAGGAAGUGGAACUAAGCAACUGCCGGAAGGUUGGAGACACUCUCAUGGCACGAAUCAUCGGCUGGGCCGUUCCUCAUUCCAAAAACGAGAGUAAAACUUCAUCCAUCAAGCCAACUCUUCAAACCGCGGAGGCCGUGGUCUAUGGCUGUCCGAAGCUCAAGAAGCUCACACUGUCUUACUGCAAGCACGUCACGGAUCGGUCUAUGCACCAUAUUGCAUCUCACGCCGCGAAACGCAUUGAAGAGAUGGAUCUCACAAGAUGCACCACUAUCACGGACCAAGGAUUUCAAUACUGGGGCAAUACACGUUUUACUAAGCUCCGGAGACUCUGUCUGGCAGAUUGCACUUAUCUGACAGACAAUGCGAUUGUACACCUGACAAAUGCUGCCAAGCAGCUGCAAGAGCUCGAUCUAUCAUUCUGUUGUGCGCUUUCCGACACGGCAACUGAGGUUCUUGCGCUCCAAUGCUCUCAGCUGCAGUACUUGAACAUGUCAUUCUGCGGAUCAGCUAUUUCCGAUCCAUCUCUGCGAAGUAUCGGACUGCAUCUAUUGUCACUCAAAUAUCUCUCUGUACGGGGCUGCGUUCGUGUCACGGGGGUCGGCGUUGAAGCCGUCGCAGAAGGUUGUCAUCAAUUGCAAACGUUCGAUGUGAGCCAGUGCAAGAACUUGACACCGUGGCUCGAGGACAAUGGCCCAAUGCGUUAUCAACCGCGCAUCGAAUUUGACUUUGUUGCACCAAAUGGGAAGAAUUCCAGGUGA